AUAUGCAGUGAAACUAGCCUAACAACUAACAAUGGAAUGUCAAUUAAACGUCAGAUCAAAUAAAAACACUGUCAUUACCUUUGAAUUUAUGUUACUCAUUAUGUUAAUUCAAAAUUAAGUAAUGAAGUCGCAUUUGGAUAUCGAACAUUCGCACGAGAUAAAUUAUAUUCGAAUUCAAAUCACCCAAUAACCACCAAAAAAUUAAAUAAUGAAUUACGAUAGUGAAAUUGACCAACCGAUAAAAUUAAAAUCGUGUUUCUCGCGGAAAAAGUGCAACAAAUCGAUCAACUGCGGCCCGACGCGAUGCAGAUUUUCACGGGAUUACCAAGAGGAGGAAGACUUUGUCGAGGAUUUCGGGAUGCCAAGGUCCGUUUCUUAUGUGCGAAGUGAAAAAGGUUCACAAACGAGAGACUUGCAAAAUGAUAAGAGCACAAUUUUUCCUGGUGGUUCGCAAAGAUCAAUCAGAGAUAACAGAAGAAGUACGAUGAGCAUUUCCCAAAAGCGACAAAGACAAAGUAUUGUUGCCAAUGAUCCACGAAGAGAAAGGAGCAUCGUUUAUGACGAUUUUCCACAAGAACCUAAAGAAAGCAUUAUCGACGACGAAUUUCCCGAUGAUCCACGAAAGUGUACCGUUUAUGACGAUUACCCACCAGAAAAUACAGAAAGACAUUCGAUGAGAAAAUCUGAAAUCAGCGUUCAAACUCGGGGUUCAAAAAGGGGCACAAAUGCGUUCAAAGAUAAUUUUCAAGAAAACGUUUUAGCCGUUUACGACGCUGAUUCCGCACAAGACAUUUUCUCUGACAUCGAGGAAGAGGACAGACCACCCCCCGUUUCGAACAUUAAAAAUUACAAGAGGGCGAGACCGUGCCAUCCGCAUAAAAAAUGCGUGUAUCGUGACAGCUGUCCGAAUGUGAAGCCUCCGUCUUGUGGGUUCGACACGAAAAUGGAACUUAAUGUUCAGUACGAUACACGGAAAAAGUCGGUGCAACCUUAUUUAAUGGCGGAAAUCGUAUCAGAAAAUGACAAAUCACGAGUGUACAAAACAAAAGAAAUAGAAGGAGGAAGGCAGUCCAUUAACAACUCAAAAACGAAUCCUUCAACUAAAACUCUCCAAUUUGCCGAGAUUUUAAGUCAAGCCAUUGCUAAUCAAGAUUCAUUUGAAAUCGAAGACGAUGAAACCAGCGGAGAUCGUCUUUAUCUACUAACCGAAAUUAUAUCGGAGGAAUCUGAAGAGGACGGACCAUCCAACAUUUUCAAAUUUAAGUUUUCGGGUAUCCGAGAUUCGAUUUUGAUUAAGCCACAAAAAAAGUAUGGUUACGGUCCAGGAGGCAAAGAUGAUAUAAUAAGUUUAUCGACAAUUAGCGAGAGCUUAAGUGAAUCACUUCUCGAAGACAGACAAAGUAUUUCUGUUAUGAACGAAAGGAGCAGUAUAGCACCACUAACAGACAGGAGAAGUGUAUCAUCGACACGCGAUGGAAGAAGUAUAUCACCUGCUGCUGAAAGAAAAAGUAUUACACCUGGAUCCAACCGUCGAAGUAAUGUAUUUCCUGCGGCAGAUAGAAGAAGUAUAUCACCUGGAGAUGGAAGAAGUAGUAUUUCACCUGCAGCUGAAAAGAAAAAUAUAAUACCUGGAUAUGAAAGUAGAAGUAGUAUAUCACCUAUAGGUGAAAGAAAUAGUAUAGCCCCUGGAGAUGCUAGUAGAAGUAGUAUAUCUCCUGGAGCAGAUAGAAGAAGUAUAUCACCGGGAUAUGAAGGGAGACCUAGUGUUUCAGCUGCUGCUGAAAGGAAAAGUAUAACGCCUGGAUAUGAUAGUAGAAGUAGUAUAUCUCCUGGAGCAGACAGAAAAAGUAUAUCUCCUGGCUAUGAUGGCAGAGCUACUGUUUCAGCUGCUGCUGAAAGGAAAAGUAUAACGCCUGGAUAUGAUAGCAGAAGUAGUAUAUCUCCUGGAGCAGACAGAAGAAGUAUAUCUCCUGGCUAUGAUGGCAGAGCUAGUGUUUCAGCUGCUGCUGAAAGGAAAAGUAUAACACCUGGAUAUGAUAGUAGAAGUAGUAUAUCUCCUGGAGCAGACAGAAGAAGUAUAUCUCCUGGCUAUGAUGGCAGAGCUAGUGUUUCAGCUGCUGCUGAAAGGAAAAGUAUAACACCUGGAUAUGAUAGUAGAAGUAGUAUAUCUCCUGGAGCAGACAGAAGAAGUAUAUCUCCUGGCUAUGAUGGUAGAGCUAGUGUUUCAGCUGCUUCUGAAAGGAAAAGUACAACGCCUGGAUAUGAUGGCAGAGUUAGUGUUUCAGCUGCUGCUGAAAGAAAAAGUAUCACACCUGGACUCGAUAGUAGAAGUAGUAUAUCUCCUGGAAAAGACAGAAGAAGUAUAUCACCUGGAUAUGAUGGUAGGAGUAGUGUAUCACCCGCAGCUGAAAGAAGAAGUAUAUCACCUGGAUUUGAUGGCAGAAGUAGCAUAUUACAUGCAGCAGAAAGGAAGAGUGUUUCAGCUGGAUAUCGAAGUAGCGUGAUUCCAGGAACUGAUAGAAGCAGUAUAUCACCUGUAGCAGCUGUUUUAAUUUUCAGCGAGAGGAAAAGUAUUACGCCUGAAUACGACAACAGCAGAAUGAGUGUGUCCCCUGAAACAGAUAGGAGAAGUUUAUCACCGGGAUUUGAUGGAAGAAGCAGCGUGUUACCUGGGACCGAAAGAGCAAGUAUGUUAUUGGAAGAUGAAGAUAUAGCAACAAUCUCCUGUGGUAUUUCUACAUGUGAAUGGAAAAAUAAAACUGUUUACGAUAGAAAAAGCGUAGCAGCUGGAAUCGGCAGUAGAAUGAGCAUGUCUCCUACAACUGACAGAAGAAGUAUAUCACCCGGGUACGACGGAAGAAAUAGCAUAUCAGCUACAAUCGACAGAAGAAGUAUCUCAGCUGGAUAUGACAGUAGAAGUAGUAUAUCUCCUGGAAAGUAUGUCGAAAGGAAAAGUAUUACACCUGGAUAUAAUAGUAGAAGUAGUGUAUCACCGGUGGCCGAUAGGAAAAGUAUUAUACAAGAAUCUGAGAGUAGAAGUAGCGACAGUGUAUCCCCUUCAGAUGAAAGAAGAAGCAUUUUACCUGAAUACGAUGGAGUAAAUAAUAUUUCUCCAACUGAAAGAAAAAGUAUAACACCUGGCUAUGAUAGCAGAAGUAGUAUAUCACCUGGAGCAGAUAGAAGAAGUAUUUCACAGACGGUUGAAAGAAGAAGUAUAUCCCCCGGAUACGAAAGUAGAAAUAGUAUAUCACCUGGAGUAGAUAGAAGAAGUAUUUCACCCACUACUGAAAGGAAAAGUAUAUCUAUACCUGGGGCCGAAAGGAAAAGUAUAGCACCUGGAUACGACAGUAGAAGUAGUAUAUCACCUGGGACUGAAAGAAAAAGUGUAACACCUGGAUACGAUAGUAGAAGUAGUAUAUCACCUGGAACUGAAAGAAAAAGUAUAGCACCUGGGUACGAUAGCAGGAGUAGUAUAUCACCUGGAGCUGAAAGAAAAAGUAUACCAGCUGGAUACGAUAGUCGAAGUAGUAUGUCACCUGGAACAGAUAGGAGAAGUAUUUCACCAGCUAUAGAAAGAAAAAGUACAACACUUGGAUAUGAUAAUAGAAGUGGCAUGUCAGCUGAAGCUGAACGAAAAAGUAUAGUGCCUGGAUACAAUAGCAGGAGUAGUAUAUCACCUGGAGCCGAUAGAAGAAGUAUUUCACCCAGAGUUGAAAGGAAUAGUGUAGCACCUGGAUACGACACCAGAAGUAGCUUUUCACCUGCAGUAGAUAGAAGGAGUAUAUCACCGGAAUUCGAUGGUAGAAAAAGUACAUCAGCUGCGGUCGAAAGAAGAAGUCUUGGACCUGGAUACGAAAGAAGAAGCUUAUCACCUAUAACAGAAUCGAAAAGUGUUGUGUCUUUAAACAACAGGCAAAGUGCGGUGACAUUAAAUACAAAACAGAGCAUCCCAGUAUUAAACGAGAGAAAAAGUGUGAUGUCACCCCCUGACUACACUGUGCCAACAGAUCGUCAAUCUAUGAGGAAAUCAAGAAGUAUAAUGAUUUCGGACAAUGUAAAAAGCAGCACUAUUAUAGACGAUAGAAAAAGUGGUAUGUCUCUACGGCAAAGUGUAUCGUCGAUGUCGUAUGAAUGUUACUGUGAGCCGGACAUCGGACCACCUAGCGAGAGGAAAAGUAUAGCACCUAACGAAAGGAGAAGUAUAUCGGCAAGCGACAGGAAAAGCGUUGCAACUUUGGGGGAAAGAAAAAGUUUAAUAUCAAGCAAAAGUGUAGCAACCAUGGGAGAAAGAAUGAGCAUUACACCAAGCCAGAAGAAAAGUGUAGCAUCCAUGAGCGAGAGAAAAAGUAUAUCACCAAGCGAGAGGAAGAGUGUCUCCACUUUAAAUGAAAGGAAAAGUAUCGCGAGUUUAGGCCAGAGAAAAUCAGUUUUGGCAUCACCAACUGACAAGCAGAAAUGUGCAAGGCAACCCUUUAAACAAAGUAUAUCCACUGGAGACGAUAGAAAAAGCAUCUCGGCUUCGAAGAAAAGUUCCGUUUUUGGUGAAACAAAAUCAAAACCUAGCAGCAAAAGAUCUGGAGGUUUAGUUAAGCGAGACAAUUCAAUAAAUAAUAGCGCUGGAAGAGACUCUGUUGGUUUCCAAAGAGCUUUGAUGGAAAAAUUAGAACGUAAAAAAACAGAAAAGUUAUGCAAUUGUCGUAAUGCCCCCUAUUGCCGUUGUUAUUGGAAAGUAAUUUGGAAUCCAAUUUGGUACUGAAGAACAAUGAAACGAAAAUACACAUUUUAAUAAGCGACACAAUUUCAAUGAUCAAUAAUAAAAUUAAAUACGUUAUAAUUU